AUGGUAGAUUCCAGGAAGUUCCAUUCAUCGUGCGACCCAGAGGCCAACACUAUCGGACCAGAGCUUUCUUGCAUCGGAAUAUUCUACGAUGAUCCCAAACAGGUGCCUGGACCUCAGUGCCGCUGUGCUGUCGGCAGUAUAGUGAGCGAAGGGGAGGACAAGGCCGACAAGGAGCUUCUGAAGCGCUACGAGACGUCUGGCUUUCAUGUUUUCUCCUUUCCUGAAGUCACACACGUAGUCACUACCUCCUUCCCCCACAGGACCAUUUUGUCUAUCCUCCUUGGAAUAAAAAGAGUCUAUCCACGGCUAGAAAGCUACAUCAAGGAAAGGAAGCUGUGCGCACAUCCGUUCCUCGAGAUCUACAGUGAGGAUCUGAUCCACUUCAUGGCUCCGUUGGCUCGGCAAGGUGACUUCUAUGUUCCGGAAGUCCGUGUAGCAGAAAGAAGUCUUUCAGAACAAGAAGAAUUGGACUCAGACUCUGAAAUCUCGGGUGCAGACUCAAACAGCGAAUACAGCUCAGGGACCGGGAUUCUCCUGUCAGACAGCCGGGAGACGUCAAUGGCGGCGUCCUCGACCUGCUCUGAGUGCGUCCGGGACCGUGGGGACCCAAAUCCCAGAGGGAGAAUGUCCAGGGAGCGCUCACUCAUGAAGACAGACUGGGAACAGACUGACCAAGAACAAGAGGAGCUGCAUAAAGACUCAAGCUGGAUGAGCCUUGAUCCCGUCCCGCAGUUGUUGGGUGUUGUUGGCGGCGAGGAGUGAAGGUUGGCUGAGGAGAUUUAAAGAUUUAUACAGUAACCUCUAUUGUGUCAACAAUUUCCUCUGGAAAAACAAAACGAAACAAAAGUUAGUUUAACUCUCAAGACACGUUGAACUUUUUCCUUUCUGAAUGACCCUGCCCUGACAAGCCCACUCUUCUCCUCGAGGCAUGAAUCUUGAAUGUCUUCAUUUAUGAGUGCUAUUUUUUUGUAUGUAAUUUGUUUCAUUAUUAUUAUUAUAUAAUUUAGGCUGAUUCUAACCAUAAUGACUGGAUAAUGUACUAUUCAUCCUUGCAGCAAGGAUUCCUGGUGAAUUCCCCCCCCACCCCCCUUUAUUUUUUAAGCUUUUUUUUAACUUCAAAAUAUUAUUAUUAUUCUAAUGAAUUAAUAGAGACAUGUAAUUAUUGGGAUACCUGGCCAGCGGUUGGUUGCGCCUUCUUCAGCUUCCAUUUGUUCUCCAACAGGAUGUCGGAGUGUGUCUGUGAUCUCACAAAUGUUCCCACUAAAAUCCCAGAGGUCGGUGACGUUGGACCCGAGAGAGGGGCCUGCCUGGCUAGCAAUUUCUGUCGUAGUUCAGCCCAGAGGUGUUUGUUGCGGAUGUUCCACACUAAACUUAUGCACACAUGCCUUUAUGGACCUUUUUUUGUACACUGGUGUACAAAGAAAUGCUUCCCCAAACUGUUUCCACAAAGUUGCAAGCCUAUAAUUGUCAUUGAUUUAAGGGUGACUGAGUGCCCAGUCCUAUAUUUAGCAAGAGUCAAAUUGUGUCUCACUAUACGUAGUGUUUAACUGUCAUUUUCUAUGACCAUUAAUUGUGGUAAGCUUAUAGACCACACACAACUACUAGUGCUGUGUAUUGUUUUAGUGUUUUUAGGGGUUUCAUUAAAUGUAUGUUAAAAAAAAAAAAAAAAAAGAGAGAAGUUAUAAAUGUAUUCUUGAUUACCCUUGUUUUCCAGCAUGUCUGAGACUUUGAGCCAAGUCACCCAGUUUACAUAAGAAAAAGAUCUCACAGCACAUCACCAAACAGAAAUGUCAUAAAGGGUACGAGUACUGACAUAUUGAUGAGAUCUUGUCAAUUUACAAAUGUACUAGUGUGAAAUCUGGGCUUGUUUCAUCGAACACAAAGCUUAUGUACUUGCAGGAAGCCAUGACUUAUUCUGUUGUGUGAAUGGCAACAGGUGGAUCCACAGGUUUGUUGUACCUACUGCCAUCUAAUGGUAAAUGGACUGUAAUGGUAAAUGGACUGCAUUCCACUUAUAUAGCGCUUUAGCUAUACUAGCGUUUUACAAAGUUUGUACAAAGCCUCACCUACUCACACACACACACACACACACACACACCCACACCCAUUCGUUCUGGGAGCAAUUUAGGGUUCAGUGUAUUGCCCAAGGACACAUUGACAUGGGGACAGUCGGAGCCGCGAUUCGAACCAGCUACCCUUCGAUCACUGGACGACCCGCUCUACCUACUGAGCCACAGCCGCCCAAUGAAUUCAAUCAAUCUAAUGAAGAUCAUUGAAUUGUUCUGCCUAUUGCUGGCAUAGAUAAAUCAAAAACUUUGAAAUUAAUAAAUAGUAUUUUUCAGACACAUUUUGGUAAAAUUAUAUGUUCUCCCGUGGCACUCCCUGAGGGCGUCCGUAAGCCGUAGCGUUCGGGUUCUGAAAUUAGUUUUCCUAUAAAUUAUCAUGCAUCAUUUCAGAAAGUGCAUAUCAGCUUACCAAUUUAAAAAAAAAAAAAAAAACAUGCCAAUUCUCCCUACUUUGACUUUCGAUCCAUAAAGAAUGCUCAUAUGAUUGUGACUCUGACAGCAUUUCUAGCUGGAGAUGAGCUAUGAAUAUAUAAUUAAAUUAUAUUUAAUUUGCUUAAAUUCCUUUACACUAAAGAGGUAAUGAAUAUUUAGGUGCCUUCCUUAGGCCGACGUACGUUUGCUGUCUCAGAAGGAUAUUUGAACAAACGGUGGAGCAACACAUAGACAAUACAACAGUACUCACAGUCAUAUUCUUUAUCCUCUGUGAUGAAUGACUAAUAUUAGUGCCAUACUGAGGAGCUGACAAGUCUCCAUGUAUAGUGUAUCUUUCUGUCUUAUACUGCCCCUAGGGGGCUUAGGUGGCCACACUAAAGGAGCAGCGGUAUGGCCAGUCAAUUGAUGCAAAGUAUGAGAAAAACGGUACAAUAUUAUAGAGUACUAUUUUUCUCAUUAAAAAAAAUAAUUGUUUUGUCAUCCAAUUCUAAUUUGCCAUUUCUUUGCUUAAACCUCAUCUUCCCCUCAA